AAAAGAGUCAGUGGCGAGAUACACGCGCGUGUCUGAUUGUUGUGUCCCUAGCUCUUGUACCGGAUAAACCGAAAACAUUUGACGACGCGACGCCAUAAUCUGAUCUAUGAAGAGACUUAAAGUGAUAUACUGAUAACGGUCACCAUUUAAGAAACGCAACAUAUUAUAAAGUAUUUCAGAAUAUCGCGCGGCUACGACACGACAGAGUGAAAUUCAGUGUGCAAUUCUGUGACAAAAGUAUAUCUCCGAUCUCGACGUCGAGGAGUGAUUUUAAUUUUUAUUGCAAGACAGUGCGUGUUUAUUAGUGAACAUCGCAUCACCAGGUCGGUUUUUUACGAUGCAAGCAACAAUUUUCUUCAAGCUAUUAACACUUCAUUGUAUCAAGAUAGAAAUAUGACUCAUCGAAAAAUAUCGUGGAAUGUAUCCAGAGACGAGAAGAGAAUUCAUCGUAAGAAUAAUCCUCCGGCAAUCGAUUCGUGCCGAAGCAAUGAGAUGUACAUACUUUGAUAAGAUUUUGGUGAGAUGUGAUGCCCGCCCGCACGCACACACAUAUAUACAUACACACAAGCUGAAUUCAGACAUACAACGCUAACUGAUAAAGGAUAAUAAUCGACCGUGACAAUAAAAUAUACUAGCCUUUUUUAAUCAGAUCAAGAAAUAGUGAUAUGAAAUAAUUAAAGUUAAAUUAAAAAAACUAGUAUGCUAAUCGACUUGAAUAAAAACAAGAAUAUUAAGAGAAAUAAAACAAGUGAUAUAACGCAGUUUUCGAAGAUGUGGUUGCCGAUGCUAAUCAACAAGACAUUCCUGGUGCUUCUGCUGCUAUUCUCGGUGUAUUUCGUCGGAAUGGAUCUGCUACUUUACUUCAGGGUGCAGGAUUACGAUGUGCGUCCGUGCAUAAAUGACACGCAGGUUUCGCCGUAUCCUUCGCCAAUCUUGUGCGAUGUGAAUCCAAUUUGCACGGUGACGGUGAAAGCUAUGAUGUUGGAUCAUCCUAAUCACUACAUACUGAGUCCCCUGGCUAGCCUGGUGGAUCAUCUGCUGGGCAUCAGUCGUCUCUGGACGUGGCUGACGCCGAACAUCAUCAGCGUAUCUCACGUAGUGGUGGCUGUAAUCGGCGCCAGAUACAUCACACGAAAUUCUCUCUCUCACAGACGAGUAGGUGCCGUCCUGUUUCAAGUCAGAGUCUGGCUGGAUAACCUGGACGGUCAUGUGGCCAGGACGAGGCUCAAUAUUGACGGCGAGAGAUCGGAUUUUGGCUCCAUCGGUUACUUUGUGGACGGCGUUUGCGAUGGCCUCGGCUGCAUCGCUCUCGUGGUCGCGGUAUUUCUAUUUCUGAAACGUAAUUCCAAUCGCCGUGCCGGCUACGAACGACUGCCCAUACGAACGUCAUCGACGUCCAACAGUACCGUCUCCUCCGUCCCGUUCUGGAAGUCGCCCUUGUACAACAUGUUGAUGGUGGGCCUGCACUUUUCCCUAACGAGCGUCGCUUGGAACCGAUAUAUAUCCAUAUAUCAAGAUCUUCUGGAAACCGACAGCAGCAUCCUUCCUAUCAGUCGAAAAGAUCUCUAUGAUAGGCAAACCGUCGUGUUCAGGAGCUCCUCGUUCUGGGCUAUCGCACUUGCCUGGAAGACCUUCAAUUUCCACGCGAUGAUGGAUUUCAUGCUUCUAUCAAUAUUCCUGGAUCGCGUCUGGGAAUACGUUAGACUCGUGUGGUGGCAGUUACCCUCCGUCCUGUUAUUACUUGUUCUUAUCAGCGAGUUUCAUUAUAUUAACGCGUAUGCUUAUGUGGAAGUAUCACCGUUGAACGAGAGUUUGCGGUUCUUCUCCUUCUACGCGCUUCCUAGUCCAUGACAAUUUGCUUCUUGUUGUUGUGAAUAUUUUGUACAUCUGUAAUGAUAAUUAUUCACUUAAUGAAUUCAUAACCGCGCGUCUUAAAUAUUUAUUAUUUCUUAAAUUAUAAUUAUGUGAUUAUAUGUGAUUUCUUAUAUAAUUUUUUUUCAUACC